GAGCAGCUUGGGAUAUGCAAGAUCCAGAGUUCAAAAUUUGCUUCCAAUCCUUCCAUGCCUCGCCCCAAGAGUCAAUUACCAGACCUGACGAAUCGCACUUCUCUUUGGAGAUGCCGCUGCAGGCGUCGACAAUUAAACUCGAAUCCAAGUCAACUUCUCCGAUGCAGUCCUAUCAUAACGGCGGUUUGAGUCAAAAACAUUUAGGAAUCAGGGAUUGGAUAGGUAUAAGUUGCCAAUGUAGUCCUAGAAUUGACCCUGAUUCUGGGCCUAAGUCAUACCAAACGCGAAAAUCAGGGACUAGUUCACCGAUUUCUGCUGACGACCUGGAGCCAUCUCCUUGCUCUUCCCCUUGUUCUCCAAAAACUCGUCUAUCACCUCGCCGUCCUUCGAGUGCUUCCCCUGAUUACCCUCUGAAAUCGAUGGAACACGCCCCCCAUCGGCUACUCAGCCGGUUACCAUAUACUGCAGAAUUAGCGCAGCUGACUGUGGAGAAAAGCUUUCAGAGAAGCUGUUGUUCCCGCGAGGACAAUGCCAAUCAUGAUGAGUCGAAUGGCGAAAGAGCUGGGAAAUUGAAGCUCUAUGAUUCUGGAACUGGUGCUCUGAUCAGCAGAGCUUCACAUCCAGACAGCUCUUCUGAAAUUUUAUUGCCUGGCACCGGAAGUUUGGAAUGUACUUGCCAGAAAAAACCAGCGAAGACAAGCCACAACCAGUUCUGCUAUCCCACUCAGAAAGGGUCUCUUUCCCCGUCUCCCUCAGGCUAUAGUCCUGCCACCAAGCAAUGGCGCAAUACAGAUUCCGAUCCUAGCCAUGGGGCAUUCCUCAACGAUGUCAAGAGGAUAUUAAGUUCAGGUGUUCCCAAAUGUCUAGUUGAUGACAAAAAGGAUUGGAGAAACGUCUGGAAGAAACCAGAUCGAAACGAGGAUUGUAAGAGCCUAGAUCGGCAACAGGACUUAAAACAAGACUCAAUACACGACUUCCACGCAAAGGUGAGGUCUGUACUCCACUCGGAUUCACCAAUAACAAAUUUUAUUCCUAGCGAAAGAACAACAAACCUGAUGCAGGAAUUAUCCUCCAGCGGGAAAACAUGUCAGCAACAUGAAUUGCUCAGCUCCACUGAUAUUUUCUCAAGUGCGAAGUCAACAUUGAAACCAGCAUUACCAUCGAUUGUUUCCUGCGGAAGACUGACAGAUUCGAGUUGGAAAGAGUAUCCCAGAAUAGCUAAUGCUGCCCCAUGCGAGGCAUCAGAUUGGAGACAAGAGCAUCCACCCCCACAGAUUAACUUUGCCUUAUGCGAGAGAACCACAGAUCAGAGGCAAGCUCAACGGGAGUAUCUAUCAACCAGAAGCUCAAUGGGAAGCUUGCGGAAAUUGCCCUCGAGCGGGAGUCCAGCAGAUUGGAAACAAGCUUCGAAAUCUCCAUCAAACCUGGACUGGAAGUUCCCAUCGAGAGAAACGGACUACAAGCAAGAAUAUUUCUCAUGCCUGAAGACCACAGAACGGGGCACUUCACCAAUUGUCUCGACUCCUACCAAGUUUGAACCCAGCCCAGGUUUAAGUAGAUCGCGUGACCGGCCAAAGACGGCUCCAAUUUUCACAAACUUCAAGCAUGGCGAAGGAGCUUGCACAUCCAGGAAGUUCCAAAGAGGAAAUGAUCGCUUGGACACGACAAAAAGAACAUCUGCACGGAAAGCUCCAGAGGCUUAUAUUUCACCUCCGGAAGAAUCUGACGAAGACUGUCGGCACCACGUACAAAUCACCGAUCCUCCCGAAGCUUUGAAGUUAUCAAAACGACCGUCGAAAGGCAAUUCCAAUAAAUUGGACAAAUCGUCGUGUUUGCGCAACGAUAUUCCCAAACAGGGCGUAGUAUGCCAAUGCUGCUGCGGAAGGUGCAAGACCACAAACUCCCGGGGCCAGGUUACGACGAAAUGCCCCUUCUGUGCAAACGUGCACUCAUGCUGCUGUGGCAUGUGCAGUUGCCCCUUCCCGACCUGUGUCAGCAAAUCCCCACUCGCCGACUCGAUCUCGUCCAAGUGUACUUCCACCACAGAUUCUAUUGGCAACGACAAGCUACCUUCGGAUAACUACAAUCGAAGUUUUGCGUCACGGCAUAAAUCUCUAUCUCCAAUGAGGGGCAAGCAUCCUGCAGGGCUUGAGAAGCCAGAUAAAUUCGGCCCCCGCUCCAAAUCGUCUCUUUCCAAGCAUACGUUCCAGAGAGCAAGUCCUAGAUCGGCGUUUCAGUCCUUCCACGAUUACCUGAAGGAGGAAUCUCGUCGUUCGAAGUCAACCUUGAAUUCUUACAGACGUCGUUCUGAGCGACAAAGUCGCAACUGGCGUCCACCAUCGAAUUCUCCUGACCGGAACUGCUCCAGGCGAACGAACCAGUUGAGUACAAACAAAGCUCCCGGGGAGCUACGAGCACCAAACGGCACCCACCCAAUCCUGAUGUCCUCAAGAGAAUCAAAUAUCCAAGCUGUCGAGCACCGCCUACCUUACAGUAGAUCCCACCAUGGUUGCGGUUGCCCACAAUGUACGCAUGGAAAAUUGUAGCUUCAGGAGAUUGAUAAUGCGGAAGACAGCCGUUGGAUCACUGGCGCCAUUUGACAUCUGCUCAGACCCGAUUGAUUCGCCAAUGAUUCGAUUCCAGCUGUUUCAGACAAUCUGAAUACUGAAUCAUACCUCGUUACUUGCACCAAUCCUAUCGAUGACAUUAGCAUUGUGGCAUCAGAGAAAGCAAAGUCCACACCCGCAAUCGAAUCGAAGUUUCUGAAGAUGGUCUGGAAUGUCAAACGCUCGGCAAAGGAAUGACAUACCACAGAACCACUGUCCCCCGAACGUCGAGUCUCCAUCUAUGUGCACCCGGGGGAGUUGCUACAGCAGAGAUUGCCAACACUUCGGUGAUGCUCAAGUGCAGGGAAUAGAAGCAAAGCUGGUGAUCAGCUCAAACGUCGAUCAGGGCACGAUGCUAGACUCCAUCCUUCAGAACUACACAGGCCUCGCGAGGAAUUCUCAGGCAGCUUUUGGGCGGACUCAACGAGGCUACUGAAGCACGCAGUCCGCGGCACUUGCGUUGCCGACAAAUCAAGCAAAGCUAUAUGUCAGACAUCCAAUUUUCCACUCUGUUCAUCAUCGAAUCAUCCGCGUGCUUCAUUCAUCCAAAACACAACGUAUGCUUUGUUCAUUCGUUCUAGCGCACUGGGUGUACUUCAUUCAUCUACUUCUAAUGGAAUUUUGAUAUAUAUUUUUCUUUUCUUUUUUUUUUCUUCUCUUCAUUAUAUUUUCCACUGUAUGCCUGCAAGACUUAUUGAUUUUGAGUGUAAAAAGUUAAGGGUUUUGGUGUGAUUAUUAAAUAGCAGCUGUUUUUUUAAUAUUUGAGCCUAGAUUUAUCUAUUGUUGCAAAUUUAUUUCGGAAUUGCAAAAUGGGUUGUCAGAAAACUACAAGGUUGUCUAAAUUAGUUUAGGCGCUACAUUUUAGGAGAAAUGGUCUAAGAAGUUUCGUUUUUUGAUCUUGUGGGAUUGUGCAUUUAAGGAUUUUGAAGUGAAUAGACUUGCCUUUGAAAAGCACUUUAGUCCUACAAAACGUAUAAAAUUAAUUCCGCCUUGUAAAUUAUGGUAGUGUUAUCAUAGAGAUAUAUCUAAAUUA